AUGGGCAAAUCCUCCAAAGACAAGCGCGACGCAUACUACCGUCUCGCCAAAGAACAAGGCUGGCGUGCCAGAAGCGCCUUUAAACUCCUCCAGCUCGACGAAGAGUUCAAUCUAUUCGCCAAUGUCUCCCGCGUAGUUGACCUCUGCGCCGCCCCAGGGUCCUGGUCCCAAGUCCUCUCCCGGGUGCUCAUCAAAAACGAGCAGUUCGGCCUAAAAUCAUGGCAGAACCAGGAAGCCCACCUCCGACGAUCCAUGCUGUCCGUCUUCCCUACCGCGAGCCCUCCGUCCAUCGAGCCCGCCAUCGCCGAGCAGCACGAGGCCUCCAAGCCGAGAGACGACGUGAAAAUCGUCUCCAUUGACCUGCAGCCGAUUUCUCCCCUCGCGGGCAUAACGACGCUACAGGCAGAUAUCACGCAUCCCGCUACGGUGCCGCUGCUGCUGAAGGCGCUGGACCCGGGGAGUGGCGAUGUGUCGGAGGGCAAGGCCUCGCACCCGGUGGACUUGGUGCUUAGUGACGGGGCGCCUGAUGUGACGGGGUUGCAUGACCUGGACAUCUACGUGCAGAGUCAGUUGCUGUUUGCGGCGCUGAACCUCGCGCUGUGUGUGUUGAAGCCGGGGGGCAAGUUUGUGGCCAAGAUAUUUAGGGGGAGGAACGUGGAUGUGCUGUAUGCGCAGCUCAAGAUCUUUUUUGAAAAGGUCGUGGUGGCGAAACCUAGGAGUUCGAGGGCGAGCAGUAUGGAGGCUUUUAUUGUGUGUUUGAACUUUAGGCCGCCUGUGGGAUUUCACGCCAGUUUGGAAGAGCCGCUGGGCGUGGGAGAGAGAUUGGACAACAUGGUCAAGGAGAGGGAGUUGCAAUUACCUGUGUUGGCUGAGAGUGUCAUGCAGAAUACGGAGACGGGAGCUUGGGAUUGCACUACAGAACUGGUUCUCUGCGGAUCAUCGAGUCACGGUUCUUCUGGCAUCACGGAACUGGAAGUAUACGACGAAGCGAACAACAUCGACUGGAAUGACCAAGGCAGCGGUAGAAACACUCGAUGGAUUGCGCCGUUUAUUGCUUGCGGAGAUCUAUCAGCUUUUGACUCCGAUGCAUCCUAUCUGCUCCCUGAGGACUAUGUCUCUCUGGACCCUGUGCAGCCUCCCAUCGCGCCACCAUACAAACGGGCCAUUGAACUGCGGGCUGCACAGUCAAAGGCCGUACGCUAA